AAACAGCGGCACUAGAGGAGCAGCAGCAGAAAUACACAAGAAUUUGUUCUCCACUCUGUUCACUCCAUUUUUUAAAUGGCCAGUGGCCCUUUGGUAUUGGCUCACCUCCUCUGACCAACAAAUCUCCAAUCCGAGCAGCACCCAUUCCAAGCAUCAUCCCUUCUUUCCUCCUGCAAAGAGGAAUACGAUUCAGCUCACCCCAUCUCCACCAAGAACAAGAUCUGAAGCAGCCAGGCCGGAGCACGAGUCAACUCUGCAGCAGUCAAGCAAGGCUCUCCCGCUCGCACGCAGCCAGCGGUCAAGCCGGUCAGCAGCAGCUAUGAGUACCAUGAAGUUUUGCCGGGAAUGCAACAACAUCCUGUACCCCAAGGAGGACAGGGAGCAGAAGGUGCUCCUCUACGCCUGCCGGAACUGCGACCACCAGGAGGUUGCGGACAACAACUGCGUGUACCGGAACGUGGUGCACCACAGCGCUGGCGAGUUCACCCAGGUGCUCCAGGACGUCGCCGGCGACCCCACGCUGCCCCGCACCAAGGACGUGCGCUGCGCCGUCUGCGGCCACGGCGAGGCCGUCUUCUUCCAGGCCACUGCGAGGGGUGAGGAGGGGAUGACGCUCUUCUUCGUCUGCUGCAACCCCAGCUGCGGCCACCGCUGGAGGGAGUGAGGAGUGAGGAGCUGAUAAACAGAGCAAAAGGAUCCCUCUGCUGCAGUAGCCAGAGGGGCAUGAUUUUUGAAAUUUCCACCCAAGAAACCUGCCCAUGUUACCAUGAACUGAUUGUAUCUUUCAAGCACAUUAAUAACUUAAGGAGGGAAAUAAUCAAGUGAGCCACUGGGAUAAAUUUCCCUGUGGUUCUGUUGCAUCAAAGAAAUGAUGGAAUGAGGGCAAUUUGGAUUUUGGUCGCUGUUUUUGAUUUAUUCUGCUGUUUUGUGGUAGUUUCAGUAGUAAGCAAAAAUGUUCUCAAGUUUCCUCCGCUCGAGCAAAUUAAUCAUGGACUGCAGACAUUGGUUA